AUUUCCGACCUCUUUCCCGACUCGACUCAACUCCUGUCCUCCCACGACGCGUCGUCCGAACUCCACGAUCGACAACAACUGCGCUCGCAGCAACCAUCCCCAAAUGGCCGACCAACCGGCAAGCGGCCUGCGUGGCAUCACGCCCUACUUCCUGGUCCUGCUUCUGGUCGCCACGCUGGGGCCGCUGCAGUUUGGCUUCCAUCUGGCCGAGCUCAACGCCCCGCAAGAUGUCAUCACCUGCAAGAAGGCGUCCAUCUGGGCCGUCGCCGCCCGCCACCUCCUGCUUGCCGCCCGUAGCCCGGGCUCGGCCCAUAGGGGCUCCGACUGCAUCCCCAUGACCGAGGCCGCCUUCGCCACCAUCUCGUCCGUCUUCACCCUCGGCGGCCUCGCCGGCGCCCUGGCCGCGGGGCCCUUCUGCAGCCGCCACGGCCGCCGCCUCGGCAUGCAGGGCACCGCGCUCGUCUUCCUGGCCGGGUCCGCGGUCGAGGCGCUCGCCGGCGGCGUGGCCCUCAUGGGCGUCGGCCGCGUGCUCAACGGCUUCGGCGCCGGCGCCGCCACCGUCAUCGUGCCCAUCUACAUCUCGGAGACGGCCCCGCCCGCCAGCCGCGGCUUCUUCGGCGCCUUUACGCAGAUCAGCACAAACGUCGGCAUCCUGAUGACGCAGACGCUCGGCUACUUUUUGAGCUACGGCUCCGCCUGGCGCUGGAUCAUGGGCGCCGGCGCCAUCAUUGCCGCCGUGCACGGCCUGGGGUUGAUGGCGUUUGUGCCCGAGAGCCCGGCCUGGCUGGCGGCGCACAAGGGAGAUGUGGGCACAGCGCGCGCCGUGCUGCAGCGCAUCCGCGGCGGCAAGGCCGCCGUCGAGGACGAGGUGGCGGCCUGGGGCUCCGAGGCCGAGGACGACGAGACCAUCGUGGGCAGCGAGCACCAGGGGCUCCUGUCGGGCGAGAACCGCGACGGUUCUGCUUCUGCUACUGCCGCCGCCGCCGCCGUCUCGGACCUGCCCGCGCCGCGCGCCGCGUCCGGGGCCAAGGCGGCGUCGGCGCACCUGGGUUUCUGGCAGGUGGCGCGCGACCCCUUCUACCGCCCGGCCAUCGUGUCGGUCGUGGGCAUCAUGUUUGCGCAGCAGAUCUGCGGCAUCAACAGCAUCAUCAUGUACUCGGUCUCGCUCCUCAACGGGCUCCUGCCCAUCAACUCGGCCCUCGUCACCAUCGUCAUCUCGGCCAUCAACCUGGUGACCACGGCCGCGUGCUCGCCGCUGCCCGACCGCCUCGGCCGCAAGGCCUGCAUCCUGCUGUCGGUCGCCGGCCAGGGCGUCAGCUCGCUGGGCCUGGCGCUGUCCAUCCUGUUCGGUCUCAAGACCCUCUCGGCCGUCUUCGUGCUGCUCUUCGUCGCCUCCUUCGCCGUGGGGCUGGGCCCCGUGCCCUUCAUCAUGGCCUCGGAGCUGGUAGGCCAGGAGGCCGUGGGCGCCGUGCAGUCGUGGUCGCUGGGCGCCAACUACAUCGCCACCUUUAUCGUCGCCCAGUUCUUCCCCAUCGUCAACACGGCGCUGAACGAGACCUUUGGCGGCGCUGGCUACGUCUACUUCUUGUUUGCGGCGGCGGCCGCCUUCUGGUUCGUAUUCAUCUCGGCCUACGUGCCCGAGACGCUGGGCUGCAAGGACGCGGACGAGGUCUGGGGCAGGACCAGGCGCAUCGACUAGAGUAGUCAGUGUUUAUGGUUUGCGCUAGGCUUGUCCAUGUUCAAGCAGUAGCAGAGUGCAAAUUAGCAAGAGCACGCCAAAGCAGCAUGCAGUAGUCCAAGUCACGCAGUCCCAAGUUGUAGCGAUGGGUAGAAAUUUGAAGUAUUGGUGGUAUCGAACAGGAACAGGAAUAGAAAGAAAUGGGCCAAAUUUGCCACCUCGUGCUCUCCAAGCAAACAGCGCUGCUACUGGCCAAACAUGCGCUCGUU